AUGCGCUUCUCUCUCAACUUCGUCCUCCUCGGCGCCGCCUCCGUGGCCAACGCCUUCAUCUCUCCCGGCCAGCUCAUCCGCAGCAUCGAUGACAUCACCAAGAGCACCGAGGCCCUGAUCAAGCCCGCCGGUCAGCUGUCCAUCGCCGAUGCCCCCAAGCUCAUCCUUGGCUCUGGCUCCUUCUUUGCAAGUCUCGACUCCAACAUGCAUGGCACGGAUGUUACCCGUCUCACAACUGACGUUGGCGGAUCACUCACUGGUGCCGCCAAGGGUACGUUUGACGGCAAGGACGGCGAUGACAUCGUUGCUUCUGUGAAGAAGCUGUCCAACACUUUCAGCGACUUGCUCGACGCCUUCCUCGACAAAGCCAACAUCUUUGGCGAAAUCCCCUUUGUCGGCACUCCCUUCCGCAUCGCCAUUGCCCUCACCAAGCGUGCCUUCAAUGAUUUCACCGGUACCAUCAUCAACACUCUCAGUGGAUCGCAGGCCAACGAGGCGCGUAGCUCCGUUCAAGGCGUCGACUCCAAGUUCACCAGAACCAUCACCAUUACCGAGAAUUAG